AUGGCUAGCAAAAGUGAGUUUUUUUUUUCAAAAUAGAGUUUAGAAAAUUUCUUUCAUUUUGAAGCUUAUUUUCAAAAAAAAACAUCCACAAAAUGCAUUCAAGUGAAAAUUUCAAAAAUUCAGAUUCUGGCUGAAAAAUUGAGAUGGAUACAGAAAAUGUGGAGGAAAAAUUCAGCCAAAAUUUUUGAAAAUUAAAAAAAAAACAAGUUCAAAUUUUCAGCCAAGAUAAGAAUUUUUCAUCUUAUUUGAACUCGUUUUUAGAGAUUUACAGGCUAAACUUCUACUCAGAGAUUCGCUGGCCAGCUCGCCACUAGAUCAGGAUCAGGUGGCCGGAAAGUUCAAAACGAGCUGAAUUUGAUUCGGCCACCAGGUCGCCUUGAGUUUUCCGGCGACGUGGCCUGUGUGUUUGAAAUCCUGGAAAGCCAGCAAGACGGUGGUUUGUACUCAAAAUAGUGCAUUUUUUACUGUUUUUUUCACUUCCUAAGGUUUCUAGUACUCCGAAAAAACAGAAAAUGAGCCAAUUUCUUCUAGAAUGCUCGGAUUCACAAGUUUUUUGGACUUUUUUCUCUUAAGCGAGACGAUCUGGACGCGAGGUCGGGUCGAGUUGGACAACCUGGGCGAGGUGGUCUGCAUGAACUGAACCACCUCGCGACCAGGUCGUCUCGCAAAAAAUACGGGCGAUGUGGUUGUCCGUGUCAAUUUCAGAUGGGCAGUCGGUCCCACCUAGUGACCAGCUGGCCAGCGAAUCUCUGAGUAGAUUAGGACUUUCAUCAUUCAAAAGUACAAAAUUUUCCACAAAAAUCUCUUAUCAGUUUGUACUUUUCAAUAGGAAUCAAUGUUUGAUAUGUAUACUUUGUUCCUAACAAAGUAAAUUUUUGCAGGUGUAUUCGUUGUUGGUGCAAAACGUACUGCUUUCGGUACUUUUGGCGGAAAAUUGAAGAAUAUCUCAGCCACCGAUCUUGGAGUUGUCGCAUCUCAAGCUGCAUUGAAACAAGCAAACGUUGCUCCAGAAAAUGUGGAUCACGUUAUUUUCGGAAAUGUUGUCGCAAGUUCUCGCGAUGGAAUUUAUCUCACCAGACAUAUUGGAUUGAAAUCUGGAGUUCCACAAAAUGUUGGAGCAUUGACUGUAAAUCGAUUGUGCGGAUCGGGAUUCCAAUCAAUUGUUAAUGGUGCACAGCAAAUUAAAUUGGGAGAGGCGAAUAUUGUUUUGACCGGUGGAACUGAAAAUAUGUCAAUGGUUCCGUUUGCAGUCAGAAAUAUUCGAUUUGGAACUGCUCUUGGAACUAAUUAUCAAUUUGAAGAUAUGCUUUGGGAUUCGCUUUCUGAUUCUUAUGCGAAAUUGGCAAUGGGACAAACUGCUGAAAAACUUGGAGCUCAAUAUAAGGUUUGAAUAAAUUUCGACAAUUUUUUUCGAAAAUAUUUACAAAACUUUUCAGGUAACCCGCAAAGAUGCUGAUGAUUUCGCUCUUCGCUCACAAACUCUUUGGAAGAAAGCACAAGAAGCUGGAAUUUACAAAAAAUGA